AUCAUAGCAGAUAGCAGAGCCCCCCAUCCAUCUCUUUCCUCCUCUUCUUCCUCGCCAAAGAUGGUUGAACAAGAAGAAAAUCUCAAUUACUGGGGAAACAUCUCAGAGGAAGAGUACUACAAGCAGCAAGGUAUCAAAGGUUCAAAAUCGUUCUACACUUCACCGAGAGGCCUCUCCCUCUUCACAAGAUCAUGGCUUCCCCUGUCUCAAAACCCUCCACGUGGCAUCAUCUUUGGGAUCCAUGGGUAUGGCAAUGACAUAAGUUGGACCUUCCAGUCCACCUCCAUCUUCCUUGCUCAGAAAGGGUUCGCUUGCUUCGCCCUCGACAUCGAAGGCCACGGCAGAUCUCAGGGUUUGAGAUGUUAUGUCCCGAGUGUUGAUUUAGUUGUCCAAGAUUGUCUCUCCUUCUUCAAUUCAAUCAAGCAAGAUCCGAGCUUUGAUGGGUUACCCUGUUUUUUGUAUGGAGAAUCCAUGGGGGGUGCCAUUGCUUUGCUGGUUCAUUUUGCUGAUCCCAAGGGUUUCCAAGGUGCGGUUUUGGUUGCACCCAUGGUUAAAAUCUCGGACAAGGUUAAACCCAGAUGGCCAAUUCCUCAAGCCCUCACUUUUAUCUCCAAUUUCUUGCCCACUUUAGCCAUUGUACCGACAGAAGAUCUCUUGCACAAGUCGAUCAAGGUUGAAGAAAAGAAGAUUGUCGGGAACAGUAAUCCGUUCAGGUAUAGAGGGAAACCCAGACUGGGAACCGUUGUUGAGCUCUUGAGGGUGACCGAGUUGUUGAGUCAAAAACUGAGUCAUGUGAGUAUCCCGUUUUUGGUUGUCCAUGGCAGUGCUGAUGUCGUUACUGAUCCGGAAGUGAGCCGGACGUUGUACGAGGAAGCGUCGAGUCGAGACAAGACGUUGAAGAUCUAUGAAGGGAUGUGGCACUCGUUGUUGUUUGGUGAGCCUGAUGAGAACAUUGAGAUCGUUCGUAGUGAUGUAUUGUCUUGGUUGAAUGAUAGAUGUAACACAAAGAUCUGAGUAGGGUUUAA